UCGACGGGCGGCCGGGAACCCGCUCCUCGCCGUACUGACGCUGACGCUCGAACACUGUUUACGCCGGCUUUUCCUAGUUUCUGAAUGCGCGCCGCAACCACCGGGCCGAUUUUUCUCUCUCACUCGUAUCUGACAGCUGUCGCGCGCGAAUUUCCCGCCGAGAGAGUCAGGUCGAAAGUUUUUGGCGCGAAAAGCGUAGUGGUAGACGAUGUCUCUCUGUGAACUCUAAGCUGUGGUUCGCGUUGCUAGAUGAGUUACCCCAUAAUGGAUGAUUGGGAGCGGCAUGUGACUCCCCUGCUCCAAGACAUGGGGUGUCCGAAUGAGGAGGCCCAAGAUGACUUCUUUAACCAGCAGGACUUGCUGGUGGGCAGCAGCGGGGCGGGUAACGGCGGAGCGGCAACUUCGCCUGAUGGAGGCUCAAGCUCCGCGCCGCCCCUAUCGCCUGGCGGCUCUGGGGUAGUCGGAGGUGCCCUAUCCCCAGGCGCGGGAAGCCAUGCCAGUACCCCUGCCGCAUCCUGCUGCGACACGCCAAGGCCUAUCAUCACCGACCCAGUAUCGGGACAGACGGUCUGCUCCUGUCAAUAUGAUGGAGCCAGGCUAGCAUUGACCUCGUAUCCAAGACUAUCGAGUGCAGCGGUUGGUGUUUACGGGGCCCCAUAUCCAUCAACGGAUCAGAACCCAUACCCCAGUAUCGGCGUCGACAGCUCAGCGUUCUAUUCACCAUUGAGCAACCCGUACGCGCUCAAGGAAAGCGGCGGCGAGAUGUCAGCGUGGACGUCAGCGGGCCUUCAACCCUCCGGCGGCUACUACCCUUACGACCCGACUCUGGCUGCGUAUGGAUAUGGUGCUGGGUACGAUUUAGCAGCCAGGCGAAAAAACGCGACACGAGAGUCGACCGCUACGCUGAAGGCGUGGUUGAACGAGCACAAGAAAAAUCCUUACCCGACUAAGGGCGAGAAGAUUAUGCUCGCGAUCAUCACGAAGAUGACCCUCACGCAAGUGUCCACAUGGUUCGCGAACGCGCGCCGGCGUCUCAAGAAGGAGAACAAGAUGACGUGGGAGCCGAAGAACAAGACCGAUGAUGACGACGAUACAAUGCUCUCCGACGAGGAGAAAGAACAGGAGGAUAAAAUAAAAACUAACAAAGAUGAGGAAAGGAAGGGCGACGAGUUACUGCAGGGGAUGCACAGCCAGCUGCUCGGUUAUGGAAUAAAGGAGGAAUCAAAGCGAGGAACUUCAGACUGUGGAGUGCCAAUACCGGCGUCCAAGCCGAAGAUAUGGUCACUAGCAGAUACGGCAGCUUGUAAAACGCCACCACCCGCUGCUCAGCCCUGGCCGCAGCACGGUUAUGGACCUGGACCUGAGCGAGCUGCAGCCGGCGACGGCAGUUCUAAUGGAUUCGCUUUACCCGCGACAGCGGCGGCCAGUCCGGCCAGUGGCUCUUACGGCCGGUACGGUGGCUUUCCUGGUGCCCAGUAUGGAGGCCAGCACCCAUGCGUGCACCCAGCUGCCUUUCCUGAUGUUCAAACAGACACUCCACCCCAGACGCCACCCAACAUGAAGGUGCCCAGCGUAGCAAACCCGCUCGGCAGUGGUGGUGGGUCCGGAUACUGCUUCCCACGGCACCAACAGUCACCGCAGCGUGACCCCUACCACAACCCCCACCAUGCUAAUAACCACCAGCCCAACCAACAUCACAACGAGGGUUCAGCUGCCUUCAAACCCUUUUAUAAAAGGUAAGCCGAGUGAAACCUGCGUCGCUGCUCCGCCCUCGGCUAGGGCCUGUUGAAAUGGUCACAGUGGCACAGUGUUUCCUAUACGAUCGACGAAGCGAGCGAUUAAGAAAUUUUGACAUGUCCGUACAGAGACGAGACGCGUUACAAUGUAAAUUAAUUUCAUAAAAUUCGGUUAUCGUGUAGAAUAAUUAUUUUCAAAUAUCUAAAUUAAAAUGCACAGAUUAUUGUAAUGUAUAAAGUAACUUGUUGAUUUGUACUUAAAAAUUUAAUUUCAUGUGAUCUAGAUAACGGUUGUCCUUAGAAAUUAAAUCAUUGUAUUGAAAAAAAAAAAACGGUUGCUCAGUAUUUUUAUAGACAUAAGAAUAUUCUGAAAAUAAUAUCCAAUUUAUUUAUGAUUCGAAUACACGAAAUGCGCAAUGACGUGUAUAUCUUGACUAGCCAUUGGAUUUAGUGAAUUGUACAUUAUGUUUAAUUUUAAUUGUCAAGUACGUUAAUAUUAAGGAAUUAAAAAUGUUUUCUGAGUUCUUCCAAAUAAAGAGUUAUAUUUGUAACGAUACGAAUGCUUAUUUCUGAGCUUAUUUUACGCGCCCGAUUUUACUUGAUGUAAUAUUAAUUUUACAAACCGAUUUAGAGUCGAUCUGUUAAUCGUGAAUGUCAUUGUAAAUAGACGGAGCUGUGUAGAUUUUCUAUAUUAUUUAGUUUCACAUCAAUUGUACAAAGUAAUUAAUACUGUUUUUUCCACAUCCCGCGUCGUAUACGUCGGAUUUAUAAAUAUUGUUUAAAAGUAUUAUUAGAAGUAUAUGUAAAUAGGUUUAUUCUGAAUAUAUUUUAUUUUACGAAAUCGAUCGCAAUCACUUCGAUAUAUCUGUAUACAGUUGAUAAAUGAUUUUUCAACUUCAACGUCACUUUGGUAUCCUAAGCGUCCAUUUGAAACAACUUGAUCGCAUCUAAUACGAUAAGUACCGCUGUCGAAUUACCUCCGCGUACCGAAGUAUCGAAGUAUAUCUGCUUGUGAAAUAACAACACAUUUGUAAAAUUAUUAUUAUUAUGUUUCAUCGCGUUCGAAUUAUCCUUAUCAUUAAUAUUUAAAUAAUCAUUAAUGUUGCGAUUGUGUUAUUAUUUUUUUUUUUUUCUUUCAAAUAUUUUUUAUAAUUAUUAUGUCACUUUAUUUAGUAUUAUUUUUAAACUGUGUAUGUCAAAUGGUGCAUUAGUCAGGUGUUUAUCACUUACGUUUAAGUUUCCUAAACAUAAAAUAUUUAUUAUAAAACACUUGGGCAAUAUUUGAUCUCCGCAAUUAAUACAUUUGGUCACCACAACACAUUGAGGCUUAAACGAACAGCAUUUCAUCGAAAACUUUAAACGUGACCAAAAUCGAAUACAUUCGCUUAAUAUUAAAUGUUCUAUAUAGAUAUUUAUAGAAUAUGUACCUAUUAAUUAUUAUUAUAAGUAAAAUUAUGUAACGAUUGUAAUUAAAUCUUUAUUUCAAA